AUGCGUCCCUCUGCGCUCCCCAUCGCGCUGCUCGCCGCGGGCGCCGCCGCCGCUGAAACCUCCAGCUCGAACUGCACCAGCGGCCUGUACAUCGUCGUCGCGCGUGGCACCGGCGAGCGCAACGGUACCGGCGCCUUCGGCACCAUCGCCGACGACAUCGCCGAAAAGGUCGACGACUCCUUCAUCGAGGCGCUGGACUACCCGGCCACGUUUACGGAUCCCCUCUACACCGAGUCGGAGAAGGACGGCGUGCAGGAGAUGCAGGAGGUCAUCCUCAACUACCACGAGGCCUGCCCCAAGGCCAAGUUCGCCGUCCUCGGCUACUCCCAGGGCGGCCAGGUUGCCAGCGAUGCGUUCUGCGGCGGAGCGGGUGGCGGCUUCUCGGAGCUCGCUGCGCUGCCGUCCGACUUUGUCACGGAAUUCUUCGCUGCCAUUGUCCUCUUCGGAGACCCCAGCCACGUGGCCAACACUACGUUCGACCGGGGAACGAGCAUCAAGGACGGUGUUUUCGCCCGCGAUAACGUGACGUUCUGCGAGGAGCACUACGGCUCUAUUCUCCGGUCCUUCUGUGACACCGGUGACGUCUACUGUGACGCGGGCAGCGACUCGGACGUACACGGCUCGUACUUCGCCACGUAUGCCAAGGACGUCGUCGACUUUGUCGUCGAUAACUAUGACAAGUUAGAUAAGAGCUCUGCGACCAGUACCAGCACCGCGACCCCGGCCUCGUCUACCGCUACAUCCGCGUCAUCCGCAACCUCCGCGUCCUCCGCAUCCUCCGCCACCUCCUCCUCCGCCGCAACCACGUCGGCUCCCAGCGAUCAAGGCAACGCCGCUUCUGCGCUGGCGCCUGGCUUGGCUUUCGCGGUAGCCGUCCCCCUGGUGUUGGCUGCGUUGGAAAUGGUGCUGUAG